AUGGGGCGGCUGUCGAGCGGCGGGCAGCUGGCGAAGCUCCGCAAGGGGCUGUGGUCGCCGGAGGAAGACGAGAAGCUCUACAACCACAUCAUCAGGCACGGCGUCGGCUGCUGGAGCUCCGUGGCCAGGCUGGCGGGGCUGCACCGGUGCGGCAAGAGCUGCCGCCUGCGGUGGCUGAACUACCUCAGCCCCGAGGUCAAGCGCGGCAGCUUCUCGCAGCAGGAGGAGGACCUUAUCGUGGCCCUCCACGAGAUCCUCGGCAACAGGUGGUCGCAGAUCGCGUCGCAUUUGCCUGGGCGGACGGACAACGAGAUCAAGAACUUCUGGAACAGCUGCGUCAAGAAGAAGCUCCGGCAGCAGGGCAUCGACCCCGCCACGCACAAGCCCAUGGUCACCGACGCGGCCACGGCGGCAUUGCCGGACGCGCGCGAGGAGGACCUGAAGCCGCUCGUUGCCGCCGCGGCUGUGGACGGCGGCGUGGCUACGAGGCAGUCCUCGGCGUUCGACCCGUUCCCUGUGUGCGCCGACUUCGGCGCCGGGUUCAUCGACGGACUCGGGGCGGCAUUUUACGGCCAGUUCGUCGGCGGGGUGAAGCGGGAGGGCGCGGAAGAGGACGCUGGGUUCGGCGCCGGCGACUACAGCAGCGUGCUGGACGUGUCGGAGAACCUGGGCUACGGAGAUAGCUCCAGCAACAGCAGCAGCUGGAACGAGGUGGGCAUCCUUCUGGACGCCGACGAGGCCUUCGCCUCGAUGGAGCACAAGUUCUCGCUGUCCACCUGCCAAGAGCAUAGCCUCCUCGCAAAUUUCGAUUUCAACUUGUGCCCCGAUCAGUAG